AUGGAGUGCACCUGGGAUGCUGCCUUGCUGCGCCAAGCUGAUCAGCUCCCAGCGGAACUGCUGCAAGUCAUACAAUAUGGCAGCAACGAGCAAUAUCUCGAAGCCCUCACGGAAACGGCCUUGAAUGCCCGAUACACUUACAACCUGUUGGCACACUGCGAAAAUGUCUUUGCUCAUCUUUGUGCGUCUCUUCGCGCUCAUGGAUCUCUUGCAUCCACGAUUGCCACUAUGGGCCGAGUCGUUCCCCAUGCGCCCUAUCUUGCACCUUUGGCCAUACACCUACUAGAAAACGAGUGUCACGUUCCCGGACAAGGGAAUGGCGACAGUGAGGACAUAUCCUACCUACUGGGCCUUUUUCGUCUACUCAGGUUUGAUCGCCGAGUGUUUCGCAAAUAUACCACUCUCCGUCAAUACCUUGGCGAUGACAAUCCGGACGUUGCGAUCGAAGGUCCAUGGGACGAUAGAACCAUCGACUAUCGCUUCUUGUCACUAUGGGAACAGACUCGCAGUGGCGAGAUUCGAAAGCUCAUGGCAGAUGUCCAAAAGUCUGAGCUGCUACGAUCUGGAUUGAAGUACCGUGUCAUUCCAGCUGAGCUACUUCAUUCGGCAACCGCUCUCAUCGGUGGCGUUGUGCUCCCUAGCAUAUCUGCGUCCAAGACCAGAACGCAAGGAAACGCCUUGGUUGAGACGGAAACGACGCGUAGCAAUCUAGGAACUGUGGCGCACGCUUUAAAACGACCUGGGCCGCUACUGUUGACCGGCCUCCCCGGCUCUGGCAAGACAUUACUCGUUCAGCAUGCUGCUCGGUCCCUUGGCAAGUUCGACAAGAUGGUGACUCUGCACCUUAACGAGCAGAGUGAUGCGAAGAUCCUGCUCGGUGUCCAUACCACAGGCGAUGUACCUGGCACGUUCACUUGGAAGCCUGGUGUGCUGACUACGGCUGUUCAGGAAGGCCGCUGGGUUCUUAUCGAGGACUUGGACAAAGCUCCGAAUGAAGUUUUGGGAACGUUGCUGCCACUGAUUGAGAAAAGUGAAUUGUCCAUCCCAAAUCGGAAGGAAACGGUGUAUGCUGCCGAGGGCUUUCGGAUUCUUGCUACUGUGCGAAGUACCAUCAAUCAUCGUGGAGAGGAGAGUCGACCCUUGACGCACAUGGUGGGAUCUAGACACUGGCAGAAAAUUUCCAUCGCCACACCAACGACCGCCGAGCUUGCAGUCGUCGUCGGUAAACUGUACCCAAGUCUCGAUAAGCGAAUACCACAAUUUAUGGCUGUGUAUGAGCGUCUCGUUGCCGCCAAGCAGCAGUCAGUGCUGAUCGGACAGAGUAAGACUGGGGUGGCUCGCUCCAUUAGUCCCCGAGACUUGUUGAAAUGGUGCAAGCGCGUUGCAAUGGUACAGAGUGGGCGCUCCUCUUUCGCCAGCAAAGACAUUGAUGAUUCGUUCCUCGAGGCUGUGGACUGUUUCCUCGGGGCUCUCCCGGACGACGAUGUGCGUAGCAAUCUCGCUUCUGUGAUUGCAGAAGAACUUCACAUUGACCCUGAGCGAAAACACCAUCUACUUCGUAAACGAGAAGCUCAGUACAAAGCCACCAGGGAGAAAAUAUCGUCCGGGCGGUACACUGUCUCCAGGGCGCGACACACAAAAAUUGUCGAAGGAUCAUUCUCGACAAAUCCGCAUACAUGCCGCACUCUUGAGAGUGUACUUGCCGCGGUCGUCAAUCGAGAGCCGCUAUUGCUUGUGGGCGAGACCGGAGUGGGAAAAACUACCGCAGUGCAGCAUCUCGCUACGCAAAUGGGGAAGAAGCUUGUCCCUUUCAACCUUUCUCAGCAGACCGAAGCUGGAGAUCUGCUCGGUGGGUUCAAGCCUGUCAACCCUCGGACCUUGAUGAUACCGCUGAAAGAUGAGUUUGACGAUCUUUUCAGCGAGAGUUUCCCUUCCGCAAAAAACGAGAAGUUCAUCACACUCAUGAACAGAACUGCGGACAAAAACAACUGGCUCGGUGUGUGUAAACUCUUUCGCACAGCUAUCGGCAUGGUGGAUCAAGAGCGAGCCGCUACACCUCCUCGGGAAGAAGGCGAGGCUCCGGCCAAAAAACGCAAGACUGGAAGUAAACGUGUCAUUGAUUUUGGCAAGUGGGAUGCAUUUCUUGCGCGAGUGGAAGCAAUAGAAGGCCGACUCAACACCUCAGACAAAGCUGUGGCAUUCACAUUCCUCGAGGGCAACAUCGUCAAGGCUGUUCGAAAUGGAGACUGGGUGCUCCUAGAUGAGAUUAAUCUGGCAUCCUCUGACACGCUCGAGUCAAUCGUUGACCUGCUUGAUGUAACACCAUCUUUAUUACUGACAGAAGCCGGAAACAUCGAGCGUAUCGAUGCUCACCCAGACUUUCGUGUGUUUGCAGCCAUGAAUCCUGCGACAGAUGUCGGUAAGAAGGACCUACCACCUGGCAUACGAUCACGCUUCACCGAGCUGUAUGUUGAAAGUCCUGACAAGGACGCCAAGUCGCUAGAGAGCAUCGUGCGGUCAUGGCUAGGAUCAGCAGCGGUCUCGGAUGUUGCUAUUGCGAGCGAUGUUCGUGGGCUCUACCAAAAUAUAAUAGCCCUAUCUCAGGAUAACAGGCUCGUCGACGGCGCAGGUCAGAAGCCGCACUUCUCACUGCGCACCCUGACGAGGACAUUGAGCUACGCUAAACACAUCCAGCAAACGUGCAGUUUGCGGCGUGCGCUGUACGAAGGCUUUCAGAUGAGCUUUCUCACCUUUCUGGACACUGAGUCUGCUGCCUUAGUGCAACCGCACAUUGAAGAACACCUUUUCAAGAAGACGAAGAUCAACGUCAAGGCUGAGUUGAAGCGCGCUUUGCGCAAGCCAGAGGACAACCAAAUAUAUGUGCAGGGUCAUCCUGGGAGCAAGCACUGGAUCCGCAAGGGCGCUGAGGAUCUGGAGGAUCAGCCGCAGUACAUCAUCACAAGUUUCGUGGGACGCAAUCUAGAAAAUCUUGUCCGAGCUGCUUCAACUCGUCAAUUUCCAGUACUGAUACAGGGGCCCACCUCUGCAGGCAAAACAAGCAUGAUCGAGUAUCUUGCGCGACGUACUGGGCACAAGUUCACGCGUAUCAAUAAUCACGAACACACUGAUCUACAAGAAUACCUGGGGACAUAUGUCUCUGGCACAGAUGGACGUCUUCAAUUUCAGGAGGGCGUUCUAGUCAAGGCCUUGCGUGAAGGCCAUUGGAUCGUUCUCGACGAGCUGAACUUGGCGCCAACGGAUGUGCUUGAAGCCCUCAAUCGACUGCUGGAUGACAACCGUGAAUUGCUUAUUCCCGAGACACAGGAGACCAUCAGACCACAUCCAGACUUCAUGCUAUUUGCCACGCAGAACCCUGCCGGACUGUAUGGCGGGCGCAAAACGCUUUCACGUGCCUUUCGCAAUAGAUUUUUGGAACUUCACUUUGACGACAUCCCGAUCAACGAGCUUCAGGAGAUUCUUGAAAGACGCACGCAGCAACCUGCUUCGCGAUGUGCACGCAUCGUCACCGUAUACCGAGAGCUCUCCAACCUGCGGCAACAGAACAGGCUUUUCGAGCAGAAGAGUUUUGCCACGUUGCGUGACCUCUUCAGAUGGGCUCUCCGACCCAACGACACCAUCGAACAGCUCGCGGAGAAUGGGUAUAUGCUACUAUGCGAGCGUGUGCGCAAGCCGGAAGAGCGAAUUGCUCUCAAAGAUGUCAUCGAGAAAGCCAUGAGCAACAAAGGACCCAAAGUGCGCAUCGACGAAGAUGCACUCUACGCCGCAGAUUGCCCUGAAGUGCGGCAGCAUAUACAACACGCUGCCGAUCGGGGCGUUGUCUGGACGAAGGCUAUGCGAAGGCUUUACGUGUUGGUAUCCCGAGCUAUCGCUAAUGACGAGCCUGUCCUACUCGUUGGUGAGACUGGAUGUGGCAAGACGACAGUAUGUCAAAUGCUUGCGGAUGCACUCAAGAAAACACUGCACAUGGUCAACGCCCAUCAGAAUACCGAAACGGGCGAUCUCAUUGGAUCGCAACGGCCGUUGAGAAAUCGCGGCGCCAUAGAAGAAACUUUACGCUCACGGCUUCUCGCCUCUCCGCCCCUGCAAAGCACAUCAGAGGCGCAAGCGCGAUCUACAGAGGAGCUACUAUCUACGUAUGAUCAGGCCUUGAAGUCUUUGCCAAAGGACCAACGAGCCAUUUGGCAGAAGGAGCCUGGCCAUCUUGAAAUACAAACCUGGCGAACACGAUUCAAAGCACUCUUUGAAUGGGUAGACGGCAGUCUGGUUGAAGCUAUGCGCGAAGGCCAGUUCUUUCUGCUCGACGAGAUAUCCUUGGCCGACGACUCGGUCCUUGAGCGUAUAAACAGUGUCCUAGAGUCAUCACGGACGAUCUUGCUUGCGGAGAAGGGCAGUGUCGACUCAGCAAUCGCCGCAGCAUCUGGGUUUCAAUUCUUCGCAACAAUGAAUCCUGGUGGCGACUAUGGCAAACGCGAGCUCUCUCCUGCAUUGCGAAAUCGUUUCACCGAGAUAUGGGUACCCGCAAUGUCUGGCAUGGACGACGUGCUUCAAAUCGUGGAGUCAAAGCUAGCAACAGCAGCUCGGCCGCAUGCUAUGGCCAUGAUUCAAUUUGCUACCUGGUUCAAACAGAGAUUCGACACAUCAGCUAGCUCUGCAGUGUCGAUUCGCGAUAUACUAGCCUGGACCCAGUUCGUCAACGCACAUUCGCCAGGAGACUUGGCACCGGCGAUUGUACAUGGAGCCGCCAUGGUCUACAUCGACACUCUGGGUGCAAAUCCUGCAGGUCUGAUGAGCAUCUCAUCCUCGAGCCUUGCCGACGAACGGGGCGCCUGUUUUACCCAGCUUGGUCGCCUGCUUGACAUCGACGCUUGCGCAUCAUAUGGGUAUGAGUUUGAAGUGCAAAGCAGUCCGGAAUCGCUCAGAAUCGGUCCAUUCAGACUAGAGUGCGAACGGGUUGUCCAGGCCGCACCAGCGGCAUUCACCUUCGAUCCGCCGACCACUCGCUCCAAUGCUAUGCGAGUGCUCAGAGCACUACAGCUUCCCAAACCUGUGCUUCUAGAAGGCUCACCGGGCGUAGGAAAAACGGCGCUAGUGACUGCUAUUGCAGCUGCCAUAGGUAUGCCUCUAGCCAGAAUCAACUUAUCGGAUCAGACGGACUUGAUUGAUCUAUUUGGAUCUGACGCUCCUGUUGAAGAUGGGUUCGGUUGGAGAGAUGCGCCCUUUCUUCGUGCCAUGAAGAACGGCGAGUGGGUUCUUCUCGACGAGAUGAAUCUCGCUUCGCAGUCCGUACUCGAAGGUCUCAACGCUUGUCUGGAUCAUCGAGGGGAAGUCUUCGUGCCUGAGCUUGGUCUUUCGUUCGCUCGGCACCCUCGCUUCCGCCUCUUUGCCGCACAGAACCCCCAUCAUCAAGGCGGAGGUCGCAAAGGUUUACCUGCAUCCUUCGUCAAUCGUUUCACUGUAGUGUAUGCCGACACCUUCAAGGCCGAGGAUCUGAACAUGAUCUGCCAGCGGUCUUUCCCGAGCCUUGAUGCAGAGUAUAUCGAGAAAGCGGUCGCUUUUGUCACGAAGUUGAAUGGCGAGGUGGCAGACCGACACACGUUUGGGUCCAGUGGCGGUCCCUGGGAAUUCAACUUGCGCGAUAUCACACGAUGGCUCGCACUCGCUUCUUCCACCGAUGGCUUGCUCAGAGCUGGCACUCCUCGGGACUUUGUGGAAAUGCUGUUCGCACAGCGCUUCAGAACGAGCUAUGAUAGGAUGUGUGUUGCGAAUCUCUUCGAUGCUGUGUUUGGGGAGAAUCAGCACGCAACGGACCUCUACUGCAACCUAUCUACGAGGACUCUGCAAGUUGGUCUGGCGCUUCUGCCUCGAAGCGACUUGGGUGCUCAGUCGUUCUCCGAGGGUUCCAGAUUGUCAGCGCAGCGACUGCGUGCAGUUCAGUCUAUCAUGCUUUGUGUCCAUAAGGCGUGGCCUGUCAUCUUGGCAGGCGGGCCAGGCGUUGGAAAGACCACGACGCUUGAGGAGCUCGCCGCGUGUGUAGGUGCCGAGAUCGUGACUCUGGGCAUGAGCGCUGAGACGGAUGCGCUCGAUCUUAUAGGCGGCUACGAGCAACACGAUCCUCAUUGCCAGCGAGCACAGGCUUUGUCUACACUUCGCUCGCAAGGGGAUCACCUCAGCAAGUUAGCGCUCGCUGAAGGUUCUGCAGAUCAGUUUGCAAUACUGCGCGCAGCUUUCGUGGACAUUGAGCAGAAUGCGACCCCCGCCGCUGUGUCGAGACUGCUAGACCUUCUGCCUGAUGGACUGAGGUCGACUCUCUCCCCCGACUUGGAACAGCUGACGACUACAGCGCAGGCGAUCGACAAAGCGCGAUUCGAGUGGAUUGACGGUCCUCUUAUCGAUGCGAUUCAACAAGGUAAAUGGGUUAUCCUCGACAAUGCUAACUUGUGCAGUCCCUCUGUCCUCGAUCGGCUUAACGGUCUCAUGGAGCCUAACGGGGUUCUGAUUGUGAACGAGCACUGCGCGCCUGAUGGCUCUGCGCAAAUCAUUACGCCCCACCCCGGGUUUCGGAUCUUUCUGACGGUCGAUCCAAGACUGGGAGACCUCUCACGAGCCAUGCGAAAUCGAGCUGUAGAGAUAUUUCUCGACGCACCAGCUGAAUCUGCGAAUACUUCAACAGGCAUCUUGCAACCAGAGUCAGCAAUGACUCGAUUCAGUAUCCUGCACCAGGGAACAGUCGAUGCCGUACCCAAUGAGCAUACGUAUGCUGUAGCUCGAGAUCACCUUGCUUUCUCCGACGAGUCACUACUGUCUCGUUUCAGAGCGCAGUGGAGUACAGGUCCUGUAGAGCAGGUCGACGACGAUGCUUCCGCGUCGUCCGGUCAUCUCACCGCACUUGCCAGCAUCCCUGCUGACCUUCAAGCUCUGUAUCAAAGAGUGGCGACCUCUCUGCAGGCGCCUGCUGACUAUGCUCGUGUACAGGUCAGUAGUCCAGAAAGUCACAAAGUAAGUAUCACGGCUGACGGUAAGUGCACUUUACAGACUGUUCAUCCUCUCAACAAUCAACCUUUCGUUCAACAGUCCCAGCAAGUCUUUGCAGUAGCUGUCUCACUUGCAGUGCGUCACGAUAUUGCGAGCCAGCUUGGUGCAAUCGACGCUGCCUUGGCCACUUUGAGGGCCGAUCGCAAGUUAUCUGAACAUCUUGCACGAUUCUGGAAGACCGCACGCCGAAAAUCUAGCAGUUCGUCUAGUCUACUGUAUAUCCUCGAGCAAUUGGUAUCACCAAUCCGCGCGUGGCUUGAAAAUCGCAGUGAUGUAGCCCCGGAUGAAGUACAAGCGGUGAAAUCCAGUGCUGGCAGCUUGAUCGCCUACUGCUGGACUCUUCUGCGCACUUUGAGAUCCACCGCAUUAGACGUGCCGCUCCUGACGGCAACGGCGAUUGUCGGUCAAUCAUUGUGCCACCACAAUACGUCUGCACUUGAACGGACUGUUGCUCAAUUCCAGACUGGCUUGCAUGAACUCGGCCUGGUAUCGGAUACUACAGCCCGGCACGCUUUUGUUGCUAUGUGGCAACAUUUCCGGCCGGUCAUGCCAAAGACUAUGGACACGCUACGAGCACUCUUACAUUUGGAAGACGUGAUCGACAAAUUUGAUCAAUCGACGCUGAGCUUUCGUUUGCCGAUCAAGCAGAUUACAGAGCUCCGAGUGCACUUCCGGCGGGCGCACGAUAUGAACAGCAGCGCUGAGGAUCUCGAAUCUUUGGCUGAGAAGGCACUGGCAUCACUACCAGUAUCUCAGGUCAACGACGAAGUGAUCGAUAAUGCUGUGGUCGUCACACCACACUUUGCAACCAGCUUUGAAGCUCUCUUUCAGCGGUUCACCAUCUUGUCGCAGGAAGCCGGCAUGAGCGAUGCGUCAAUCACCGCGACCCACCAGUUCGCGAGCGCGGAGGCGAUCCUCGAUGGCAUUAUGAAUGUUGGAAAUGUCAACUUACAGGCGCUGAGUCUGCUCGAGACAGAAACAAAGACCUUGGGCUAUGCGGUGGGUGUCCGCGCUCAGACUAUCGCAGCCGACCCGCUGCCAGAUCUGGACGUGCUUCUGCAAGGCUUGCUGAACGCCAUCCUUCAUGCUCUCGCCGCCAACAAUGAGCUUGGUAUACUUCAGAACUAUGCUCUUGGCCUCCUGACUGCUCUCGAGUCUAAGGACUUCGUGUGUCUGCCAAAUUUGCACGACGCAGAUGAGCGGAUCGCCGCAGUAUGCCGACGGCUUCACACAGCGGCCUCGUAUUCGUGCGCGAGCGAACAUACCAGGAACCAUGCGGCAAAGGCUUGGUGCGCGCUGGCGACCGCUUGUCUCGACCUAUAUGUGCCUGAGCAUGCCUUCGAUCCCGUCCAGGAAUCACAAAUUCGCACAGAAAUCUUCCAGCACACUGUUGGCGAGUUGCAGGCGCGACUGAGAGCUUUGCAAGUAUUCAGACGAGCAUGGGUCGGGGAGAGUGACUCGUUGCGAUGUCGUCUGCUCGAAGAGGACAUCAGGUAUCUAGGAGAUGGGCCAGCGGUGGUGGAGAUAUGUCGACCAACGCAGUCUAAGCUCUCCCAAUUACACGGUGACCUGCAAGCUCUUGCGCGUAUCGUCAGUCCGCUGAGACGAGAUGCGGGCGCCCAGAGCUUGAACCACGGUGCUUGGAGCAAUUUAUCUGUCAUUCGUGGCCGUCUAGAUUCUCAGUACCGAGCAUAUGCGGACCUUGCUGCCCCUGUGGUAGGCUUUAUCGACUGCUUGGCAGUGGCCCAACAACUCGCAGCAUUGCCAGGCGACGAUUCACGAACUCGUAACGGCUCGCUUGCCAGUGUCACGCCAUUAUCUGAUGCUGGUUUAGAAGAUUGGAUCAACGAUGAGCGCCUCCUUGAAGUGCAGCUUACUUGUCGAUCAAAGGAGGAGCAGAUAUUCUGGCUGUCUGUCGUGGCAGCACGCUCCUCAAUCGUUCCACUGGGUAAGGCUACGCCAGCCCUGCGCUCGGCCACGAACAGCACGCUGCGUCUGUUCUACGAAGCCUGGACCAGAGAGCUCGAUCGAGAUCAAAGACUUGCUGCUCGGAACUCAAGCUUAUACCAAUAUCGAGGCGGAGAUGACGAAUCCGAGGAAGCUACCUUGGCAGAGUUGAACGAGCUAUUCCCCAGUUACGAGAGGGAAGAUGAUGCCACAAAGUCAACUCCAAGCGUGAACGCGCAGGCACUAGCAUCGCGUAUGGCCGCGAUACACCACAGCAUUCACACUGGUACAGAACCGAGUCCAGACGUCCUGCUCGACUUGCUGCAACAAGCCUCUCAAGUGCCGACGACGCGCAAUGCGUCCAGCAUAGUCACCGUGAUCAACGCGCUUCACAAGCUGUCCAGCAGCUUGUCGGCGCCCCAAAGGAGCAAGAACAUUUACACGGACCCUGAUAUAGGGCAGGCAAAGACUCUCGUUGCGCUACUCGAAAGAGUGACCAACCGGUUUGAAUUCAUUCACAACGCUUGGCCGGAUCAUGCUACGCCAAUCGAAGCACUCCGUGCUUGCAAUGCGAUCAUGGCGCUGGGCCACUCGGAGCCACUUGCGCGUUUCUUGCCUUUUGUCGAGAAGCUCCACGGCAUCGUGAACGAGUGGCAGAAGGUGGCCAGUUCAGAGUACUCGGUAUUCUCUCUGCUUGAGGAGAUCACGAGUCUCAUCGUUAGCUGGCGCCAACUUGAGCUUGCAACCUGGGCUGGUCUAUUCGACCAAGAGGAUGAAGCUUGUAAGCAGAAUGCUUCAUCGUGGUGGUACAUCGCCUACGAGACCAUCAUCGCCGCCUCUGAAGAAGAAUCGCAAUCUACACACUCGCUGGCACAGUUCUCGCAACAGCUCCUCGAAACCCUUGGCGGCUUUCUCACGUCCUGUGGUUUGGGUGAGUUUCGCGUCCGCCUAUCGAUGCUGGUUGAUUUUGAGGCCGAUUUGGCUUCGAGAGCCAUUGACAAUGAUGCACUGCGACCUGUUCGAAACGCGCUUUCCAGCUUGAUAGAAUUCUACUCGCACUUCACUGCAUCAGUGACAACCCAUUGGGCCAACAAGCGAGCUGAACUUGAGAAGCAAAUCAAGGAAGUUGUCCAAUUGGCGAGUUGGAAAGACCGCAACAUUGAAGCAUUAAAGCGCAGCGCCAAGAACUCGCACAACAGACUCUUGCGCAGCGUCAAGAAGUAUCGAGUGCUGCUUGCCGAGCCCGUGGCCCCUCUUCUACAAUCAGACUUCCCGGCCAUACGGCAGAUGUCUCAGGGGCAGGCUGUGCAAGUCCGAGAUCUUCCACUUGGUCAGGGCGUUCCCACUGUACACCUGCAAGCCUGGUCUGAGCGGCCUCAGAUGCUCAGAGACCUCUCAGCAUUGGAGGGUAGACUGACAUCCAAUGUCUCAUCGAUCACAGUCGCGACCAAGGCAUCUGCCCAGCUCGAGGAAUUCUUACUCGAGACCCAGGCAGAGGCUGCUGAGCUUCGUAAAGCAACUCCAGCCACUAGCACGGAGAAGAACAAAAGCAUCGUGCAGCAACUCAAGACGCGCAAGAGACGCCUGCUUGCCGACGUAUUCCGCGAAAUACAGGCCAUGGGUUUUCAGAAGAACCUCGGUGAUGAUGUUCUCGCGCAGCAGCAAUCACUGCACGGUGUGUUGUCAAAGUCGCCGCCGCUACGUUUCCCAGAGAGCGUACUAGACGCCCAUGGAGCUGACUACGAAUAUCAUCGCUUUGUUCACGUCAUGCCGACUGUCCGAGCCAGCACGGUCAAGCACAAUGAAGACCUGACGCCUGCAGAGAUAGCUCGUGGAAAGACACUCCUGGAGAGCAUGCUCCAGGUUACUACCCAACAGAGAACGAGCAUUAGCCAAGCACUAGUCGACCUUACCCGCUUCACCAUCGCGGUCAACCAGCUUACUGAAAUUUCUAAGCUCGGCAACAUUCGUGUUCGAGUUCCGGGUGCUUCUGGACAGACCGCGUUCAUAGCUCAGGUUCGCAGUCUGCUGAGUAUCGUCAGAACCAUCCAUCGAUGUGUACGAAUGCAAUCAGAGCUCGCAAGGACAAACUUCUCGGGCUUUGAAGGCGAGCUGAUCACGAUUGCAACCAGCUUACAGGCUAUGGUCAAUGCCCUGUGUUCUCAAAUCAGUCUGCCUGAAACGCUCACGACAAGCCUCUCUCGGGAUGUCAUGCACGAGUACAACGACACCGUCGCCGUCCUCAGCACUGCAAUAGGCAAUGCUGUCAAUCUACAUGCCGAGCUUGAGCCUCUCCUGAGCCACGUAUUACGAUGGACCGGCUUUUACAGCUCAGAGACAAUGGACUCCACUACGGUGCCUUCAAGUGCCAAUGUGUGGACGCAACGUUUGCUUGACGUACUAGGCAGAGUCCAGACCUCUUCAGACACCCGUGGAAGCAGCGCUACAAGCGGAAAUGCCAAGAAAUCUUGGUUACUGGAUCAACAGCAACAGGUGCAAGAGGCUGUACGUACUCUGGAUGUUCAUGGCACUCGUCUCGAUCUGGAGGACCUCAUAUCCUCGUUUCCGUCACCUGUUCUGGCCGCAUAUGCCAUGAAUGCCCAGAAGCUGCUUCAUGAGCUUUGCAAUCUUCAUGCCACAAUCAACAGAGUCGCCUACCACAUGGCCACUUCUUUCAUCCAGCUUGCUAGGGAGGGCUUCUGCACGCCAUCAGAUAAAGCACAAGGUGAGGAACAACAAAGUGGCGAAGCAGAGAGCGGGACGGGACUUGGCGAUGGUGAAGGUGGCGAUGAUAUCAGCAAGGACAUUGGUGCAGACGAAGACCUGUCUGAGCUCGCUCAAGAAGCCACGUCAAAAGAGAAGGAUGGUGAAAUGGAAGCUGAGAAAGAUGCGGUGGACAUGGCAGAUGAGGAUUUGCAAGGCGACUUUGACGAAGACGCCGGAUCGGAAGGCGAAGAGCAAGAAGAUGGUAAAGAGGACGGUGAAGACGCUGAGCUCGACGAAGAGACGGGUCACAUUGGCGAAGAUGAUGACGCGGUAGAUGAGAAGACCUGGGAUGAUGGCAAAAAAGCAGAAGAGGCAGACAAAGAGGCGGAUAAGGGCAAAGGAACCCGCAAUGACGACCAAGCUGCUGCUGAGAACGCAGAAGUCGGAGAAGAAGAAGAAGGAGAAGAAGCACAGGACGAGGAGAUGGAGGAGGACGCCGAGACUGGUGCUGAAGCUGAUGCGGAGUUCGGUCAACCAGAACGAGAGCAGGCUGAUCCGCACAUGCAGGACGAGCAGAACCUCGACUUGCCUGAUGACCUUCAGAUGGAUGGCGACAAGCAGGAUAUUAGCGACAUCGAUGAUGGAGACGACAUUCCAGAUGAAUUGAGUGAAAUUGGCGACAUUGAAGAGGAUAAGAGUGGCAAGGAUGAAGAUAAUCCUGACGCUGAGAUGGCUGAGGGUGAAGGUGAUGAGGAGGACCAGAAGACAGGUGAAGCUCAGGUACAGGAAGAAGAGGAGUCUGCGCAACAAGAUGAGCAAGGGGAUGAUGCACAGUCCGACGUUGCAAUGCUGGACAACGAAGACGCACAUGAACACCCGGAGGACGGCCUGAAGGAUGCUGAUGCCGGUCAGGGUCAAGAAGAAGACAGUAGUGCUGAGAAGAAAUCGGGAGCCGUAUCAACCGUCGAGCAACAGGACGAUGAGCUUGAAGCCAACGAACCAAGCGAACAGACGGGCGCCACUGAAGGCAGUCAGCGGACGCAGACGAACGAAAACUCUGGCCAGGCAGAAAAUGGUGACGAGCAACAGCAAUCGCUGCCUUUCAAGCAGCUUGGCGAUGUUCUGAAACAGUGGUACAACCAACAUCGUAAUAUCGAGGCUGCGCAGGAGCCCGACGAGCAGAAGGACACUUCAAAUGAGGACAUCGACAUGAGCGAUCCGCGGUUCGAGCAUUUGCCAGAAAACGCGGAGUCUGACAUGCAGGCUCUUGGUGCUGCCAGCGCAGAACAGUCGAAAGCGCUCGACGAUCAAAAUGCAAUCGACGUGAACGAGACGACGCCUGAUGAUGUUCCUUUACCCGAAGAGAAGCCAGAUGAGUCGCUGGAUCUGGAGCGGGAAGAAGAGCCUGAAGCUGCUGGCGCGAAGGGGGAGGGCGUUGACAGUGGAGCCAAAGCAAAUCAAACUGUGAUUGGCAAGCCGAUGGAUCCUGACACUUCGAUGCCUGACCAUGCCAUUGAUCUCGAUGAACCAGACGAUAUCGAACACGUCGACGAACAGCUGACCCAGACACAUCUGUCCCACGAUGAGCCUGAUCACAUGACUCUUGAAAGCGCCCGUCAGGAAUGGAGUGAACACGAGAAUCGUACGCGAAACAUGGCGAUCGUCCUUACGGAGCAUCUUCGUCUGAUACUCCAGCCCACGCAAGCGACCAAGAUGCGUGGUGACUUCCGGACGGGCAAGCGGCUCAACAUCAAGAAGAUCAUCCCCUACAUUGCUUCUUCCUACAAGCGUGACAAGAUCUGGAUGCGGCGAUCCGUGCCGAGCAAGCGAACAUACCAGAUCAUGCUGGCCAUCGACGACUCCGAGUCUAUGGACGAAGCGGAGCGCAAAGGACUGGCCUUUGACACCCUGGCCCUGCUCGCCAAAAGCAUGGCCAUGCUCGAAGUCGGAGAACUUUCCGUUCUCGGCUUUGGAGAGAGCACCAACGUGGCUCACUCCUUCGACAUGCCCUUCACCUCGGAUGCCGGUGCCGAAGUGGUCCGUCAAAUGACAUUUUCCCAAUCCAAAACCGAUGUCAAGCGCCUACUCGAAAAGUCCAUCGAACUCUUCCGCAACGCUCGACUCAAGGCAACAGGCUCCGCGAGCAAUCUCUGGCAACUCCAACUCAUCAUCUCCGAUGGCUUAUGUGAAGAUCAUCCUGCCAUUCGCCAACUCGUCCGCCAAGCCCACGAGGAACAAAUCAUGCUGGUAUUUAUCGUCAUUGAUGCCACUGCUCCCGAAACAAUGGCAUCCUCUUCUUCUUCUCCUCUUGUCGUUCCCAAGCAGCAGAGUAUUCUCGAUUUGCAACGAGUGGAAUUCGGAAGUGACGCGAAUGGAGACUCGCAAGUUUUGAUGCGCAAGUAUUUGGAUACUUUCCCUUUUCGGUAUUAUCUCAUUGUUAGGGAUGUGCUUGAGCUGCCUAGCGUUCUUGCUGGUGCGCUGAGACAGUGGUUUGCGGAGGUGGUGGGGAGUGAUGGAUAGAUUGAGUGGUGAGAGAGAUGGGAAUGAAUGAAUGUAGGGUAGGCGGUGGGGGAAACAUGAAGAUGUGCAAAAAAUGGGAUGGAUAGAAUGGCGUAUUGUAUGAAUUGGUUCAAUUACAUUUG